AUGAAGCUUGUCGGUGACAUCUGGUUGAACGAGUCGAAGAACAAGAAUUUUGUAUUCUCUCCAUUCUCAAUGAACAAUGCUCUAGGGUUACUAGCUUCGGAAGCAAGUUCUGAAACUUUAAAAGAGAUAUUAGGCUUUCUCCACUGUGAAAGCCUCGAUCAUCUGCAUUCGGUUAAUUCGGGACUCAUCGAUUCUUUUGGCCAAGCAGGACCUCAACUGUCUUUCGUUGGCGGUGUUUGGGUCGACAAAUCUUCUCCUCUUAAACAAUCGUUCGAAGAAGUUGCAAACGGAAUUUUCAAAGCAAAAGCCGAGACUGUGGAUUUCAAAAAUGAGAGCCAAAAGUUGCUGGAGAGGGUGAACAAAUGGGUGACAAAAGAAACCAAUGGAUUAAUUCAAGAUCUCAUUCCUAAUGGAGCUGUCGAUAAAGAUACAAAGGUUAUAUUGGCGAAUGCACUGUAUUUCAAAGGAUUUUGGGUUGAAAAUCAAUUUGAGCCAUCACUUACAGAGGAUUCAGAUUUCUAUCUCCUCGAUGACAAGAAAUCAGUAAAAGUUCCUUUCAUGUCUAGUGAUGACAACUAUCAAUCCAUUAGUUGCUUUGAUGGCUUCAAGGUACUUCAACUACAGUACCAAUCAAGCACAGAAGAUAGCGAUCGAUAUUUUUCUAUGUAUAUAGUUUUACCUGAGCAAAGAGAUGGGCCUGGUGAACUAAUAGAAAAGGUGAGUUCUGAUUCAGCUGGUUUUCUGGAUCGACAUGUCUCGAUCGAUCAUCCAUACAUUCGAACUGGACAAUUCAAGAUUUCAAAGUUCAAUAUCCUUUUUGAUUUCGAAGUAUCACGAGUACUCAAGGAGUUGGAAGUUGAUGAAGAAGGAACUGAAGCGGCUGCUUCAACUGGUACCACGCUAGCAACACAGGCUGCCAAAGGCCCUCCUCCUCCUACACCUGUUGAUUUCGUUGCAGAUCAUCCUUUCAUGUUCAUAAUCACAGAGGAGGAAAGUGGUGCGGUAUUGUUUAUGGGUCAUGGCCUGGAUCCUUCGCUAAACCCGUGA